AUUGCCCAUGGGGUGGCGGUUGGGCCACGUGACGGAGUCAGCUGAUCUCUCGCCUCCCUCCCUCCCUCCCGCCCGAGCGGCGGACAUGGAGUUCCUCUACGGGAAUCCCUACAGCACCCAGGUCGGACAGCGAGUCGAACAGGCAACAGAUGGAACUUUGCAAGUCGAGGAUUGGGGCCUCAACAUAGAGAUAUGUGAUAUCAUCAAUGAAACUGAGGAAGGACCAAAGGAUGCGAUCAGGGCCUUGAAGAAGAGGCUUUCGGGAAACAAAAACUUCCGGGAAGUGAUGUUGUGCCUGACGGUUCUAGAGACCUGUGUGAAAAACUGUGGCCACCGAUUCCACGUGCUGGUGGCCAGUCGUGACUUUGUGGAGGAUGUGCUCGUGAAAACCAUUCUGCCCAAGAAUAAUCCACCCAAUAUAGUGCAGGAUAAAGUGCUGAGUUUAAUCCAGGCUUGGGCUGAUGCUUUCCGGAGUACUCCAGAUCUCACAGGCGUUGUGACUGUUUAUGAAGAACUGAGGAGAAAGGGACUAGAGUUCCCUAUGACUGAUCUUGAUGCAUUGUCUCCCAUCCACACGCCUCAGAGAACCACUCCUGAAGUUGACCCGGCAGCAUCACAGAAUUCCGGUGCCGUGCAGUCGGCACUGUUCCCCGUCUCUGAACAACCCAUUCCAGUAGCAUCACCAGAGGGUGGAAUUACACCUUCCCUUGAACAGGUUGCAAAACUGCGGAGUGAACUGGAUGUUGUUAAUGGUAAUGUCAAAGUGAUGUCUGAAAUGCUGACCGAGAUGGUCCCAGGUCAAGAAGAUUCCUCUGACCUUGAACUAUUGCAGGAGCUGAACAGAACAUGUCGAGCGAUGCAACAGAGGAUCCUGGAUCUCAUCUCCAGAGUGACCAGCGAGCAAGUGACAGAGGACCUGUUGCAUGUCAAUGACAAUCUCAAUAACAUAUUCCUUCGAUAUGACAGGUUUGAGAGAUUCAGAACUGGACAGAAUACUGCCAACCGAGUGCCCAGUGUUUCAGAGAGUGCGGACAGUUUAAUAAAUCUUACACCAAAUUCUCCUGCUGUUGUCACUCCAGUUACUGCCUCUAAUAUCUCGACACAGCUGGCGGGACUUAGUGUUGCAGGAGAAAGUGGGAGUGGAAGCGUGCAGCCAUUGGAAAACAGUCACCCAAAAACCCCGGAAGAAGAGUUUGACAUGUUUGCACAGACUAGAAGCCAUUCCUUGGCUGAUCAGCGCAAGAGUGUAAAAUAUGAAGAACCGCAGGCAAUUGAAGGAUUGGCAGGAGCAUUGGAUACCCGCCAACAGAACACUGGAGCAAUGGAGAAUAUAUUGAAAGAAAAAACAACAAUAGAUAACUGGAUGUUCAGCCAAGGAAUGAUUCCAGUCACUCAGGCCAAUCUAAUGGAUGACAUUGAACAGUGGCUGUCCACAGAUGUGAAAGGUGAACUGAGCAAUGAUUCUGAAGGAGUAACAAGCGAAGAAUUUGAUAAGUUCCUGGAGGAGCGAGCGAAAGCAGCGGAGCAUCUGCCGACUUUACCCUCACCACCUACAGAGGCCCCUGGCACCGUUAGUUCGUCCAAAAAGAAGAAGCAGGAAAAGACAGAAGAAUCCCUCUUUACCCUGUGAAACUGGACCCUGCCUCCUGCCUAUCACUAUGUAUGAAGGAUUGUAUCAGGAAAGUCCUGAGCUGUCUCUCUGCUAGGAAUCCAUUUCUUGCUUGUGAAUAGGGGAUGGUACGAAAUAAAACAAAAAAAGUACACACUU